AUGGCCAUCCUGAUUGGGUCGUUUGGCGUUGGGCUGGGAGGACGGGAGGAAGGACAACAGCGGGCAAUUUACAAGCGACGUAAAAAGCCAACUCCAGUCACGGACGACGACUACUACUGUACUCACUGCACCGACAGCGACUCCACCGGCUCAGACACGCUUUCGGCAUCUCCCCAAUCUCUCGACCCGAUCCAGCGCUUGGCCACGUUGAUUGUUUCUGCGUCUGGCAGUCUGGAAGUGCAUCCAUCCGUCGGUUUGAUCUUGUGCCACUACUCGCCGGCCACGCUGCUUUCUCCAGCAUCUGCUCGUGUCUAG